AUGGGCUACGAUGGUCCUCUCUCUGCACAGGAGCAGAUGUUCAUCCUAUAUGAAGCUAAACUGCAGUGCCUUCAGAACCUGUCCAAUAUGGAACCAACAACCACAGAUGAGGGGUGCCCUCCAGACUGGGACGGUCUUAUUUGUUGGCCCCAUGGCUCCCCUGGGCAGGUUACAAAGGUCCCCUGCCCAUCUUACAUCUAUGACUUCAAUCAUAAAGGUCAGGCUUACAGGAAGUGUGAUGCCAAUGGAUCCUGGGUGUUUGUGGAGCAGUGGAACAAAACAUGGACCAACUACUCAGAGUGUCUACGGUUCCUUCAUCCCCUUAGUGAUGAGGAAGCAAGACAAGACUUCUUUGAACGGCUGUAUGUCAUGUAUACCACCGGCUAUGCUGUGUCCUUCAGCUCUCUGCUAGUGGCCAUCGUGAUCAUUGGAUACUUCAGGCGUCUUCACUGCACCAGAAACUACAUCCACAUGCAUCUGUUUGUUUCCUUCAUGUUACGGGCUGUGAGCAUUUUUGUAAAGGACAAAGUUGUUUAUUCAAGUGCUGGAUUGCAAGACUUUGACUCAGCCCUGCUGGAUAACUUGAAAUCAGUGAGCAUUGCAUCACUGGACAAGUCACAGUAUAUUGGCUGCAAAGUUACAGUGUUGCUCUUCAUCUACUUUCUGGCAACCAACUACUAUUGGAUCCUGGUGGAAGGCCUCUACCUGCACAGCCUCAUUUUCAUGGCAUUUCGCUCUGAUUCCAAAUACCUCUGGGGAUUCAUAUUCAUUGGAUGGGGUGUUCCUGCUGUUUUUGUCGCAAUCUGGGCAAUCGUCAGGGCAACACUGGCAGAUGCAAGGUGCUGGGAGUUGAGUGCUGGUAAUAUUAAGUGGAUUUACCAGGUACCCAUCUUGACAGCAAUAGGGGUAAGUGUGUACAACAAGGAUUAUAUAAAGUUUAACUUUAUUUGCUAA